CCCGUUUGCCCCGUGGGCCCCAACUCGAGGAACAAGAAGUGACAUACAGAUAAGCUUUCGGAGGUCCGCGCUGAUUUCUUAGAUCGGCGCUGGACCCCCCUCCCUGGCGAGCGCCGCCAGGGGGCUCCAGUCCCGAUUCAAGAAAUCCGCGCGGACCUCCGAGAGUUUAUGUUUAUGCUAUCUGAUGUUCCCCAACCAACGGCUGCAGGAACUGCAAGGACAAGCACCAGGGGUGCCCCGGCUUUGCGGCGGCGUACGGGGGCAAGGGGUGCGAGGACAACCCGCCGUUCAUGCUCGAGGUGUGCCCGCAGACGUGCAACGCGUGCCAUCUCGUGGACAAGACCCCACGGUGCAGACAAGUACGGGAGAUGCCCAGCGCAGUGAAACCAGGCGCCAUAAAUCAGACUUUCGAGCGCAUGCUGAGAAUCAAGGGCCUCAGUGUAGAGGUCAUCAGCAGAGAUCCUUGGAUCGUGAAGCUUGCCAAUUUCUUGACUCAGAAGGAAAUUGACUUUCUGAAGGAUGAGCAGAUCCGAGGCCCGUGGAAGCAGGCAGCCGACAUGGACGGAGGUGGGAAUACGGUGCACUCCACCAAUCGAAAGACGGAGGUGGCCUGGUGCGACUGCCACUGCCAGAACCACCCCGUGUCCAGGCGGCUGUUUGCUCGGAUCGGCGAGGUGUUGCGUGUGCAUCCUCACUACACGGAGGCGAUGCAGUUCCUGCGGUACACGGAGGGCAUGUAUUACAAGCCUCACCACGACUCGCCGCACAUAAGCCGCAACGUCAACCAUGCUUGCAAGCACAGGAUCUACACGUUCUUCAUGUAUCUGAACGAUGUGCCUCAGGGUGGAGCAACUGCCUUCCCUGGGCUCAACAUCUCUAUCAAGCCGGAACGUGGCUCCGCAAUCCUGUGGCCGUCAGUCUACGACCACGACCCGUACGUCGCGGAUAUUCGCACGAUUCAUGAGGCGUUGGCUGUAGAGAAGGGCGAGAAGCUCUCAGUGAACGUGUGGUGGACGCAGGGCCCGAGGGUCUUGUCGGACAACCUCGGCUGCGACGCGGCGCCGAUCAAUUUCCGCUAG